AUGCAGUUGAGAUUAGAAUCUCUGUCGCCAUUCAUUCUCUCUCUCUCUCUCUCUUCCUCUCCUUUUCUUCUCGCAUGUUUACUCAUUAAACCUGGUUCUGUACUGCAUUUUCUAUUAAUUAUUCUUUCUUUUUUCUUUCUUUCUUUUUCUUUCUUUCUUUUUCUUUCUUUCUUUCUUUCUUUCUUUCUUUCUUUUCUUUCUUUUUUCUUUCUUUUUUUUCUUUCUUUUUUUCUUUCUUCAUUCUUUUCUUUCUUUCUUUUCUUUUUUUUUCUUUUCUUUCUUUUCUUUUUUUCUUCUUUUUUCUUUUUUCUUUCUUUUCUUCUAUCUUCUCUCUCUCUUUCUUUUUCUUUCUUUCUUUCUUUCCUCAUUCUUUUUCUUUCUUUCUUCAUUCUUUUUCUUUCUCUCUUUCUUUCUUUUUCUUUCUUUCUUUCUUUCUUUUUCUUUCUUUCUUCUUUCUUUCUUUUUCUUUCUUUCUUUCUUUCUUUUUUCUUUCUUCUAUCUCUCUUUCUUUUUCUUUCUUUCUUCAUUCUUUUUCUUUCUUUCUUCAUUCUUCUUCUUUCUCUCUUUUUCUUUCUUUUUCUUUCUUUCUUUCUUUCUUUUUUCUUUCUUUUUCUUUCUUUCUUCUAUCUCUCUUUCUUCUUUCUUUCUUUUUCUUUCUUUCUUUCUUUCUUCAUUCUUUUUCUUUCUCUCUCUUUCUUUCUUUUUCAUACUUUCUUUCUUUUUUUCUUUCUUUUUUUUAUCAUUCAAAUCAGAUGGCGGUUUUCAGACGAUCCGAUUUUCUUCUCACAGUCACUUCUGCAAAGUUACUUUUGUUCUCUCCUUACCUAUCAAUUUUGUACAUUCAAAAGUAUUCGCCAUUUUUAA